AUGCCCAAACGACCAACACCUGAGAACCCUCAGCACAGGCGAGUAAGCAAAAGACUGCGGAUUCAAAAUGCGCUAUUCCCCCGGUUCGAGGAACUUCCCACCGAAAUACGGCUUCAAAUCUGGCUCACCGCUGUCCACCAAGCGACCGUGAACCGAUCGAUUCACGUCGAGAUGCAUCCCUUUUUAUAUGUAACUGAUCACUCCUGUAUCGGUAGAAAUGGGGCAUUUUGUGGCCAGCACGGUAGCUGUUCGACAGUUCUCAACGUCGACAACGUCGACCACAAGCAAUCCAUUUGCAUGGUCGAGGGCUAUUUCUCAUGUCCCAAGAUGAUGCCUAGUCCUGAGGACGCAAUAUCUCCUGCUGCGCUGGCAAGCCUUAGCCUUGCCUGUCGCGAAUCUCGCACAGCGGUCCUUGAGCUGUACCCCAAGGUCCUUAGAAUCUUGAAGCGCCGAUGGAGCGAAUUGGAUCCAUUCACUGAAAGUCGUCUUGUGCGCUACCGGCCAGAAACAGAUGUCCUUGUCAUCUAUCCGGUGCCCGAGAGCCUGAGACUCCGUCACCCCAGAGAAGGUGGCUGGCGGGACCUAAACGAGGUCAAGAUGAUCGAAUUUCCUAACAAUGAGCGACAGUUCAGCGCAUUCAAAGAAAUAGUUUCUUCCUUCCAGCACGUAGCAAUUUGCGUGAGCGAGGAGUUCCCCGAGUUUAACGGCGAAAUUCGGCAAGAGUGGAUAUCUGGUGACUUCUGGCCUCAUGAUAGAAUCUGGCCUGACAACGAUAUUAUAGCGCGGCUCCUUUUUUUCAAAUCGUUGAGGCACCUUUAUAUCUGGGUUGAUCCGCUCUGCUGGCCCUAUGAGAGUUGGAGAGAUGGGGCUCGGUCCAACAAUGUCGAGGAUAUCGAGCCUACAAUGCAGGGCGCUGAAAUGCUGCGCAGAGACAGUUUGGGAUUCCUCAAAGACUAUAAUGAUGCAGUCAAAGCCCAAAACACUCAUUCUGUGGCCGACGACGCGCAUUGGGUGCCACGGCCAAAACUACUUGAACACAUUGGAUAUUGUUUUCCUGAGUCUUGGUUUAUGACGAUGAGAUUGAAGGCCUUUGGCUUCCAAAACAUGCCAUCCGAUGCAGCUACUACCGAUGAGUUGAAAAGCUUUUGGUCAAAGCAUGCAAAGCCAAGGUUAUUCUUGUAA